CCCCACCGCCGCCACCGGUGGCUUUCGGGGCGGGUGCCGGACCCCCGGAGCGGGUUGGCCCGUUCCCUGGGAGGGGAUGACCAGAAUAGCUCCCCUAUCCGAUUCCUGCCAGAGGGGCCGCAGCCACUCUCCUCCACUGCUAUCUUUUUGGGGCUGACAUUUGAGCCCAGCCCUCCCUCGUUGGCAGCGGGACGUGCACCAGAGCUGCCCGGCAUCAACCGGCUCCUCCGUCCUCCCUGCUGCCACAGCCGGGGACGAGCAGCGGGAUGGCGGGCGGGAGGCGGCGCGGGGGCGGCGGGCGGCGUGGGGGACCCCGGCAGCACCCGGGGAACCAAGAACCAACCCCCUCACCUGCAUCCCUCUCUCCCGCAGCCACCAUGGCCCAGCAAAACGCAGGCACUGCCCCCAAAACCGGCCGCCCCAAGAAGCCCAUGGAGGAGCCGGUGGCAAGGGCACCUGAUGUGGACUCACUGGGCUUCCAGGCCAUGGACCGCAACGUGCCAGGGCUGUCCCACGUCAUCCUCCAGAAGCUCAACAUGAAGAGCUACGAGGACUACAAGUCUGCCAUGGAUGGGAGAAAGAGUGGCAGGGAUUUUGGCAUCCGGACUUACUUCGACAUGUUCCAGAAGAUGGAGGACACCUUCAAGUUUUGCGCUGAGUGCAAGAAGCUCCCCGAUGCCCUCCCUGACCCCAAAAGCCUCCGACGAUGCAAGAGGUGCCAAAACGUGUACUACUGCGGCGUGGCAUGCCAGCGUGCCAACUGGCCGCUGCACAAGAAGUUCUGCAAGAAGCUGAAGCUGGUGGCCCUAGAUCGGCUGGUGGAGUGGCUCAUCUUCACAGGAGACAUCCCCUUCCCCACAGAGACCUGGACAAAACCUGCCCAGGACGUGGAGGGCUGGGAGGACUGGUUCUCCAUGCAGGGGCAGCUGGAGGAGAAGCUGGGCGCCAUCCUGGCCGGGCGGUACAUGACCCUCCUCUGGGCCAACGCUGGGAAGCCCCGGCCAGAGGAUGGGGAGCUGCGCGAAUCUGUCCGGCGGCUGGUAACUGACUUCCACUCGCGGCCGCUCACCAUCGGAUUGGGGCUGCGGCUUUUCAGCAUCGACCCCCUCGCCAAGGCCCUCACUGUGCAUGUGGUGGGGGCAUCCCACGUCGAGACCCUCAACACCCGGCUGACGGACUACGACGAGCUGACGCGCAUGUUCCCGGGGCACCGGGGCAUGGAGUUGGUGAUGGUGGGGGUGGACGUGGUCGAUGGGCCCAUCAUGAGGCCACCCCUGGCCACGCCGGCGCCCCAGGGAAGGGUCUAUCUCAGCAGCUACAAGGGACUCUACCACGACUUCUGGGAGAGCCACGUGGAGACCAAGCUGGCCGCCCGCCCUGAUUUGGUGGUGGGCUUUCACCCAGGUUUCCAUGCCUGUCCAGACUUGCUGGCAGGCUGGCUGCCCACCCUGCUGCUGCUGCGGGACUACCGCCUGCCUGUCCUCUUCACCGUUUACAGUGAGCAGGAGCUGAAGUCCUCCCUGCAGAUCCUGGUGGAGCUUGAGACGCACAUCAUGGGCUACGCCACCAACCCCUUCGCCUCGCUCCGGCCAGAGCAGGUCUACUCCAGUCCCAACAAGGCACCCGUCUACUGCAGCUCCUACUACAUCACCCUGCUGGGGCCGGUGGCAUUGGCUGUGCCGGGUGCUGAGGAGCUGGAGGACGGUGAUGGCUGGCAGGGAGGGGAGCCCAGUGCUGCCAGUGCAGCUGGGAGCAUCGCCCCAGGGCUGGGCUGACCCCACGCAGCCAGUGUUGCCCUGCCUACCGGACCCCCAGCCCCUCGUGGCCCCAUCCCAGGAACCCGUCUCCCCGUACACGGAUCAGCGAUCCAGCCAUCCUUCACUGCACACGUCCAGUCCCGGGGGACGCAGCAUGCUGGCACAGGCGUGGCACCCCUCCAUGGCACUGAAUAAACCACCACCAGCUGCCG